UCUCGUAUUCAAAUCGAAACAACAUAUCCAAAAUGAAAGCUGUCUUUACACUGGUUCUUUUGGCCCUUGUCGCCGUCGCUGCUGCUGAUGUAUCUGAAUUGAGUGGUCCAUCCAACGAAUAUUUACCUCCUUUCAAAAAUGAACAGGACUUUGGCCGAGUUGCAGCUGGAUUUGAACCACCACGUGAAUACUUACCACCAACUCAGUCUGGAGAACCAGCACCAGCUCAUAGUUUCGGCCCUGAUGGUUACAGAUACAAAAACCCAACUGCUCGCAGAUUUUAAAUACUUUGAUGUGAUAGUACUGAUAAAAUGUUUAAUUGAAAAUAAAUCUGAUAUGCUGGGAUAAGUCGCAAAUUAUA